AUGAGCGGUCCUAAGCAGGAGAUCGUCGUCUACAAGCACUCCAGCACCGGCGAGACUCCGGAUGUCCUGUUGAUGUCGAAGGCGCAACUUGAAGAAAACAUGUCAGCCAACCCGGCUCUCCGCCUGUCGCACAAGGCCAUCCCCCGCGGUCAUCGUCACAUUGAGAUCCUCGCUCUGGAUCUGAUCCCGGAGGCGCAGCGCAAGGAGUGUGCCGACUACCCCAACAUGGGCGCCUCCAUCGCGACCAUCACCCUGCCGAACCGCGUCUGGAUGCAGCGCCAGAUCACGGCCGACCAGUUCUCCGAGCUCCACAUCCUCUCGGUCUAG